ACGCAUGCUAUAACUGUACAGAAGCCACGGAAACUGCUGCUCUUUCGUGUGGUAUCGCAGAACGUUGAGUAACGAGAACCGUUUAAGCCUCUUAAACAUUCGGUUAGAAUUUAUUUAUUAAUAGUAAUCCAGGUGGACAACCAUGGCCUCGGGAGGAGAAUCAAAAAAUGAUGAUCUGGCCACUGCAAUUCUGAAACAGAAGAACAGACCAAACAGACUCAUUGUUGAUGAAUCUAUCAAUGAAGACAACAGCGUGGUCUCGCUUUCUCAGACUAAGAUGGAUGAGCUGCAGCUCUUCCGUGGGGACACAGUGCUCAUGAAGGGAAAGAAGAGGCGGGAGACUGUCUGCAUUGUGUUGUCUGACGACACUUGCUCAGAUGAGAAGGUCCGCAUGAACAGGGUGGUCCGUAACAAUCUGAGGGUCCGCCUGGGUGAUGUUAUCAGCAUUCAGCCAUGUCCUGAUGUCAAGUAUGGAAAAAGGAUCCAUGUUCUCCCAAUUGAUGACACAGUCGAAGGAAUUACUGGCAACCUGUUUGAGGUCUACCUGAAGCCAUACUUCUUGGAGGCUUACAGGCCGAUCCGCAAAGGGGACAUUUUUUUGGUCAGAGGAGGCAUGCGUGCUGUGGAAUUCAAGGUGGUAGAGACUGAUCCCUCCCCUUACUGCAUUGUUGCUCCUGAUACGGUCAUUCACUGUGAGGGAGAGCCAAUAAGGAGAGAGGAUGAGGAAGAGUCCCUGAAUGAGGUGGGCUAUGAUGACAUUGGUGGUGUGAGGAAGCAGCUAGCCCAGAUCAAGGAGAUGGUGGAGCUGCCUCUUAGACACCCUGCACUGUUCAAGGCCAUUGGAGUCAAGCCCCCUCGUGGAAUCCUACUAUACGGACCCCCUGGAACUGGAAAGACUUUGAUUGCCAGAGCUGUGGCCAAUGAAACUGGAGCUUUCUUCUUCCUCAUUAAUGGCCCUGAGAUCAUGAGUAAGCUUGCAGGAGAGAGUGAAAGUAACCUGAGAAAGGCUUUUGAGGAGGCAGAAAAGAAUGCUCCUGCCAUCAUCUUUAUCGAUGAGCUUGACGCAAUUGCUCCCAAGAGGGAAAAGACUCAUGGAGAGGUGGAAAGGCGCAUUGUUUCUCAGCUGCUAACUCUUAUGGAUGGCCUGAAACAGAGAGCUCAUGUCAUUGUCAUGGCUGCCACCAACAGACCCAACAGCAUUGACCCAGCUCUCAGAAGAUUUGGGCGUUUCGAUAGGGAAGUGGAUAUUGGCAUUCCUGAUGCCACUGGCAGGUUGGAGAUCCUCCAGAUUCACACUAAAAACAUGAAGCUGGCUGAUGAUGUUGACUUGGAACAGGUAGCCAAUGAAACCCAUGGACAUGUUGGUGCAGAUCUUGCUGCCCUCUGUUCUGAGGCUGCCCUGCAGGCCAUCAGAAAGAAGAUGGACCUUAUUGACCUUGAGGAUGAGACCAUCGAUGCUGAAGUCAUGAACUCUCUCGCUGUCACCAUGGAUGACUUCAAGUGGGCCCUGAGCCAAAGCAAUCCUUCAGCACUGAGGGAGACAGUUGUUGAGGUUCCUAACAUAACCUGGGAUGAUAUUGGAGGUCUUGAAGAUGUCAAGAGGGAGCUACAGGAGCUGGUGCAGUACCCAGUGGAGCACCCAGACAAGUUCCUCAAGUUUGGGAUGACUCCAUCAAAGGGUGUGCUGUUUUAUGGUCCCCCUGGUUGUGGUAAGACUCUGUUGGCCAAAGCCAUCGCCAAUGAGUGCCAGGCAAAUUUCAUCUCCAUCAAAGGACCUGAGCUGCUGACUAUGUGGUUUGGAGAGUCUGAGGCCAAUGUUCGGGAGAUCUUUGACAAGGCUCGUCAAGCUGCCCCAUGUGUUCUCUUCUUUGAUGAGCUGGACUCCAUUGCCAAGGCCCGUGGUGGUAAUGUCGGGGACGGCGGCGGAGCAGCUGAUCGUGUCAUCAACCAGAUCCUGACUGAAAUGGAUGGAAUGUCCAGCAAGAAGAACGUGUUCAUCAUUGGAGCCACAAACAGACCAGACAUCAUUGACCCUGCCAUCCUCAGACCUGGUCGUCUGGAUCAGCUCAUCUACAUCCCUCUGCCAGAUGAGAAGAGCAGGAUCAGCAUCCUGAAGGCCAACCUCCGCAAGAGUCCCAUCAGCAAGGAUGUGGACUUGGAUUUCCUAGCAAAGAUGACCAAUGGCUUCUCUGGAGCUGAUCUUACAGAAAUUUGCCAGAGAGCGUGUAAGCUGGCCAUCAGAGAGAGCAUCGAGAAUGAGAUCCGCAGAGAAAGAGAGCGGCAGACUAACCCAUCAGCUAUGGAGGUGGAAGAAGAUGAUCCUGUGCCAGAGAUCAGAAAGGACCAUUUUGAAGAAGCAAUGCGAUUUGCUCGCCGUUCAGUCAGUGACAACGACAUUCGCAAAUAUGAGAUGUUCGCUCAGACACUGCAGCAGAGCCGUGGCUUUGGCAGCUUCAGGUUUCCUUCCAGUGCCACAGGUGGCAGUGGCACAAGCCAUGGUUCAGGAGGAACUGGCACUGGCCCAGUGUUCAAUACUGAAGAUAAUGACGACGACCUUUAUGGAUAAACGUGCACUGUCCCGCAGUGGUUCAGUACUGGGAUCACACCUGUACAAAUUCUCACCCAAUUCCACAUUUUUAGGACUUUGUGCUUCUUUCAUGUGUUCCUUUUUUCUUUAUAUAUUCAUUCUUUUUGUAUGAUUUCCCUUUGAGAAAGCAUGUAGCCACCUGGUUUGCCCUGGCUUUGUUGUCGGUUGGGGGUUUGGGGAUGUUGAACACGAACCACGAAUGACUGACGUAUGUUUUGGUGGGGUGGGGGGGUUUGAGUGGCCUCAUUCUGAAUAUAUCACAACCAACAUGAAUGGCUUUAGUGGCGGGUUCUAUGCUAGACCGUAAGAAAGAAGGAAAAAAGCAUAUUGCUAAUGACUUCAUUUUUUAAAAAAAAUAAACAGUAGCAUAUAAUGUAUUACAAAUUUGUCAAGGUUAUGUUGUUGAAAAUAAAAUCUCACGAAACUGA